GAUGGUCAUUUAACGUCUGCUGUCUAUGUCAUCUGAAAAGGGAAGAAAGGAGGAUCGUGAUUUAAGUUCAGCUCUAUACCCCUAAACUCAUCUCUCAUGGGUCUUGAGAGCCGGAGAUGAGAUUGCCGACAAGGCAACUGGCUGACUGGUGGCGUCUCUGUGGCUUGCGGACUUCACAAAGAAGAAGUCGGAUACCAUUUCACUUUGUUUGGGGUUUCUGGAAUCAGCAUACAAGUGAAUGUAAAAUUCUGCAGGUCAGGAGUUCUACAUUUGGCUAUACCUCUUAUUUUGAUACUGAGGUAUAUUUUUAAUUCCGUGUAAAGGCUUUUCUGUGCUUAACAAUAAGCGUUGAAUCUGCAGCAACAAGAGUAUUAUAUUUCAACAUCCUGGUGUGAUAUAUCAUAAAAGCUGUGAUUUUUAUUCAUGUUCUGAAAAAAAAAGAUUGAGGUUGAUCUUUUCUUUCCUUUUAUUUUAUUUUAUGUUUCUUAGAUGAAUGUUAAAUUUCUAUCAUGAAGUUGCAGCAGGAUGAAAAAGGUGAGUAAACAUCUAUACCGAGCUAGAUAUACUUGAAAACUUUGUAAGGAAUUUUCUUACAUAUUAUGAUACUACAGACUACGGAGUAUUAUUUUCUGAAAGUAUCAUAUUCUGAAAGUAUCAUGUAUAUAAUACUUUUAUAUACAUUUGACAAUGUCUUAUUACUCCUAUAUAUGUAAAGAAGCAGUUUACAACUUCAGUUUUGACUUUUGACAUGAGAAUACGAGAUGAAUACAUCCUUAUGGAGUAUGAAUACAUGUAUACCACGUUCUCCACUGUUUAAAAUGACUACAGAAAAUACUAUUUCAGACGGGGUAACCAAAACCAAACAAAAUAUACCGUAGGAAAGUGAAAAUAAAAGGCUAUCUAAAUUUUGGAAAGAAUAAUGUGCAUUUGGGAGUAGAAAUCAUUCAAAGAAAAGAUAUAUAUCUAUUCCGGCAGAUAAAAAAAUUAGCACAAGGUUUUUUGUAAGAAUUUCCAAUGAACAAAUUUACUUUAUGUGGCAGAUUAUCCUUUUAGUAGGAGUUCAUGUCAAAUAUGGUCUCAACUAUUUCAAUCAUCAGUUGCAUGAAGGAUAUAUGUAUGAGCUGCAGCAGAAAUUCAUAUCUAAGUCCAAUGUGAAAACAUCAAAUAUAGUGCACACUCACGGUUUUUUAUCUUAAAAUUAGCUGCAAAAUUACAACUACAUCAUCUUUAUCAGGAUCACGUAUAUGUCAUAAAAUACAUGGAACCUUUAAUCAUUUAUGCUGUAUGCACAAAUUCAAAGUAUACAUGUGUGAUGUGUCAUACUAGAAUUACAUAUGCAGAACACGAUGGACGGUUAUAAGAUAUUAGUGGUUGUAAUCUUAGUCACCAUGAUUAGAUAUGGUCUAAGAAGAUCUUAUCAAGAAUAAAUGCUGGGCUGAUUGCUGUUUCCUUAAGCUAAUUAGUAGUUAUUGGGCCAUUUGUUAUUUGGGCCUUACUAUAAGGAUAUUUAGUAAUACUAUCCUAUUGUAUAAAUAUAUAGAGUAUGUACUACUGUAGAUAUCUAUCGAGCUAAUUCAUUCUCUUCAACAAAAAGUUCUACCCUAAUACUCAGAUCAUCUUCUUCAAUUUCUCUCUUCCAAGAAACCAUUGUUUUUGAGCUUUUGCUAUUGUAAUAUGGUAUCAGAUUAGCCUAAACGCGAUCUGUAUCCUCUUCCGCUUUCAAUCGAUUCCUACAAUCGAUUUCUUCAAAUCGAUUCCUACAAUCUCUAUCGAUUUCUACGAUCGAUUCAUUCAAAACACACUAUGAAUCCUCUAAAUCCUAUUGAGGAUCCCACUUCUCCCUACUAUCUUCAUCCAGGAGAUCACUCGGGUAAUCGCAUCAUCUACGAAACCUUCACAGGCGACAAUUUCAGUGCAUGGAAGAAAUCGGUUGUUAUGUCUUUCACGGUCAAGAACAAGCUAGGGUUUCUGGAUGGCUCGAUUGAACAACCUUCAAGUGAUGAUCAGCUACGCAAUUCUUCUUGGUAUCGUAUCAAUGCUCUUCUCCUAUCUUGGUUGAUGUAUUCUAUUUCACCUGAAAUUCGUUCAACUUUUCUUUAUUUUACUAAUGCUAAAGAUCUCUGGGAUGAGAUUAAACUUCGUUAUGAUAAAAGUGAUGGUCCUAGGGUUUUUCAUCUUGAAAAAACCCUAACUAAUAUCUCUCAAGGAACUCAAACAAUCACUGCUUAUUAUAAUCUCUUCAAGACUCUGUGGGAUGAAUACCUGAACUAUCGUCUCAUUCCUACCUGUAAAUGUGGUCUCUGUACUUGCAAAAUCAAUGAAGUCUAUCAAAAAUUACUUGACCGCGACUCUGUUAUGAAAUUUCUUAUUGGUUUGAAUGAAUCAUACUAUAAUUUGAGAGGUCAAAUUCUUCUUCAACCAAAUCUGACUCUUUCUUCAGUCUAUUCUUCUUUUCUUCAAGAAGAAUCUCAGAGAUCUCUUCAGAAUCCUACUGGUUCUAUUCCAUCUUUCAAUGAAACCUCUGCUUCUCAUAUUCCUACUCAUGACUCAACUGCUUUUCUUGCUAAAUUCCACUCUUCUAAAAAGAAAAGCAAUGUCACUUGUACUCACUGUGGUUACCAAGGUCAUUCUGCUGAAAAAUGUUUCCAAAUCAUUGGAUAUCCUAACAACUGGAAAGGACCUAAAGGUCAAAGAUUUGCCCCUGGUUUUAAGUCUUUCCAACCUUCAACAAAAACUCCACAAGCUCAUCUGGCAAAUGCUUCUGAGGAGUCUGUCUCUAAUGACUUUGAUUUCUGUGAUCCUGACCUUUACAACAAAUUCCUUCAGUUUAUGCAUACUCAACAAACUAAAACUUCUUCUGCUAAUGUUGCUUCUGCCAAUGUUGCUUCUGCUAAUGUUGCUAUGGCUAUUAAUGAUGCUGGUGAUACUUCUCUCAACAAUAACAAUGAGUUCAUAGGUAAACAUUUCAGUUUCAAUGCUUUAAAGAAAUCUAUUAUCUGGAUUCUUGACACUGGUGCAUCUGAUCACAUGAUUUCUGACUUUUGUCUUUAUACUUCAAACACUAAAUCUAUUUCUAUAAAUAUUCAAUUACCUACUGGUAAUUUUAUUCAAGCUACUCAUAUAGGAGAUAUUACUCUUAAUGAUAAUCUGACAUUACAUAAUGUGCUUUAUGUUCCUAAUUUUAGUUUUAAUCUCAUUUCUGUUUCCAGUUUAGCUCUUCAUGAAAACAUAUCUGUUCAUUUUAGUUCCAACCAUGCUGCAUUGCAGGACCACCUUACCAACAAAAUCAUUGGCUUUGCUGAAAUUCAAAAUGGAUUAUAUCAUUACAAUCCUGCUACUUCUUCUUUUACAAACCAUCAUAAUCCUGCUAUCAAAUCUGUUGCUAAUUCUGCCAACACUCAUUAUGAAAGUCCUGAUCUUUGGCAUUAUAGAUUAGGUCAUUUUCCUUAUACAAAAUUCAAAAUGUUAUCUGAUUGUAUUGUUGAUAAUAAUGGUACUAGUACUGCUCCUUGUGAUAUUUGUCACUUUGCUAAACAAAAGAGACUACCUUUCAAUAAUAGUGAUUCUUAUGCUAAUUCUGCUUUUGAUUUAAUUCAUAUGGAUGUUUGGGGACCAUAUAGAGUUACUUCUUAUUCUGGUUUUAAGUAUUUCCUUACUAUUGUUGAUGAUCAUACUCGUUGUACUUGGGUUUUUAUGCUAAAAACAAAAUCUGAAGUUAAAUUUCAUAUGAUCAAUUUUCAUAAAAUGAUUGAAACUCAAUUUCAUAAAAGAAUAAAAUGUAUUAGAACUGACAAUGGUACAGAAUUUAUUUUUCCAGAGUUUUAUAAAAGAAAUGGUAUUGUUCAUCAACUUUCUUGUGUUGAAACUCCUCAACAAAAUGCUAGAGUUGAAAGAAAACAUCAACAUAUUCUUCAAAUUGCUAGAGCUUUAUUAUAUCAGUCUUGCUUACCUCUUAUUUUUUGGGCUGAUUGUGUUAUGACUGCUGUGCAUAUUAUAAAUAGAUUACCUACUGUAAUUUUAAAAAAUAAAUCUCCUUUUGAAUUACUUUAUGGCAUCAAACCAGAUUAUUCUCAUCUUAAAGUUUUUGGUUCUCUUGCUUAUGCUUCUACUCUUUGUGCUAAUAGAACUAAAUUUGAUCAAAGAGCUAUUAAAUGUGUUUUUAUUGGAUAUCCUCUGGGAUCCAAAGGAUAUAAACUUUAUGAUUUAUCAAAUCAUAAAAUUCUGAUUUCAAGAAAUGUAAAAUUUUAUGAAAUGACUUUUCCAUAUAAAAAUACAACAACUGAUUCUUUAACAAAAAUGAAUGAUAUUUCUCCAACACAAGAUAACAUUGAUUUGCACAUUUUUGAUAGUUAUCCAAAACAGUUAAAUACUCAAUCAACUUCUGAAAAUCACUAUGAACAUGUUGAAAAUCAAAUUCAUGAUGAAGCUGCUGUUUUUAGUCACCAUGAUUCUUCAAGUUUGAUUCAGGAUAAUACUAAUGCUACAAUGGAUGAACAACAUGUUCAAAGACAGUGUACAAGAGUAAGAUCUGUGCCCAUUCAUCUUAAAGAUUAUGUAUAUCAGUUACCUAUUUCUUUAGAUCAUAAUACUAAUACUAAUGCUUCUGUUUGCAAUCUUGUUAGAUAUCCCAUAAAUAACUAUAUCACUUAUGACAGACUAACUUCUUCUCAUAAGUGUUUUACUGUUGCCCUUUCCAACACCAUUGAACCUAAAACUUACAAACAAGCUAUAAAUUUUCCCGAAUGGAAAAAGGCCAUGAAUGAUGAAAUUCAAGCCCUUGAAAAUAACAAAACCUGGAUCCUUGUUAACCUACCAGAAAACCAACAUACCAUAGGGUGUAAGUGGGUGUUUAAAACAAAGCUAAAAUCUGAUGGUUCCUUAGAUAGAUAUAAAGCUAGACUAGUAGCAAAAGGUUAUACUCAAGAAGAAGGUUUGGAUUACUUAGAUACUUUUUCCCCCGUUGUUAAACUCACAACUGUCAGAAUCCUUUUAGCUAUUGCCACUGCUAAGAAUUGGUUUUUACAUCAACUUGAUGUAAACAAUGCUUUUUUACAUGGUGAUUUGUAUGAAGAUAUAUAUAUGCAGGCUCCUCCAGGUUAUUUAGCAGCAAAUGACAAUAGAGUAUGUAAACUUCUUAAGAGUUUAUAUGGGUUAAAGCAGGCCUCCAGACAAUGGUACUGUAAACUAUCUGAAUCUCUUAAAUCUUUUGGUUAUAAUCAAUCUCAAGCAGAUUUUUCUUUAUUUACUAAAGUAACUAACACUUCUUUUACUGUUUUACUAUUAUAUGUUGAUGACUUAAUCCUUGCAGGCAAUGAUUUAAAUGAAAUCAGUGCUGUAAAAACUUUUCUACAUAAUAAAUUUACCAUUAAAGACCUUGGAGAGUUAAAAUAUAUCUUAGGAAUUGAAAUUGCUAGAUCAGAAAAGGGUAUUUCCCUUUGCCAAAGGAAAUACACUUUAGAUAUUCUCUCUGAUGCCGGAUACCUUAACUCAAAACCUUUUUCCACACCUAUGGACCCCAAACUUAAACUUUCUAAAACUCAAGGACAACCUUUAACUGAUCCUAAAAGCUAUAGAACUUUAAUUGGUAGGCUUCUUUAUCUUACUGUUACCAGACCUGAUAUAUCAUAUAGUGUUCAAACUUUAAGCCAAUUUCUUUCUAAUCCUACUGAUACACACCUAAGUGCAGCUCAUAGAGUUCUCAGGUAUCUCAAAAACUCCCCAGGUAAAGGUCUUUUUUAUCCAUCCUCUUCUGAUUUUAAAUUACAAGGUUAUACUGAUUCUGAUUGGGCAGCCUGCAUUGAUACCAGAAGAAGUAUAUCUGGAUAUUGUUUUUAUCUUGGAGAUUCUUUAAUCUCUUGGAAAUCUAAGAAACAAGCUGUUAUCAGUAGGUCUUCUACUGAAGCAGAAUAAAGGCUGCUGCCAAUGCAGUUUGUGAAGCCCAAUGACUUUCAUAUAUCCUUCAGGAUUUAAAAAUUAAUCAUUUCUUACCUAUUCUUUUAUAUACUGACAACAAAUCAACAUAUCAUCUUGCAUAUAAUCCAAUUCAACAUCAAAGAACUAAACAUAUUGAAUUAGACUGUCAUUUAAUUAGAGAUAAAAUAAAUGCUGGGCUGAUUGAUCUUAUACAUAUUAAUAACAGUUUUCAACUUGCAGAUAUAUACACAAAAGCUUUAGGAAAUCCUCUCUUCAACCAGUUUGCAUCCAAGAUGAACCUGAUUGACAUCCAUGCUCAUCUUGAGGGGGCGUAUCAAGAAUAAAUGCUGGGCUGAUUGCUGUUUCCUUAAGCUAAUUAGUAGUUAUUGGGCCAUUUGUUACUUGGGCCUUACUAUAAGGAUAUUUAGUAAUACUAUCCUAUUGUAUAAAUAUAUAGAGUAUGUACUACUGUAGAUAUCUAUCGAGCUAAUUCAUUCUCUUCAACAAAAAGUUCUACCCUAAUACUCAGAUCAUCUUCUUCAAUUUCUCUCUUCCAAGAAACCAUUGUUUUUGAGCUUUUGCUAUUGUAAUAGAUCUAAAGGCUUCUAA